UCCAUUCCUUUCUCCCUUCUUGCUCCCCCUCUCUCUCUCUCUAGAUAUAGAUAUAGAUAUAGAAGAUAUCAUCAGUUACUAGUAUGGCAGCUUCAUCUUUUUGUAGUAUAUCUAACCACAUUUCAAAUUCAACCACAACCACCCAUUUCCCUACUUCUUUUACUAGUAGUAACCAAUUACACUACUCACAAAACCUCUUCUUUUUUAACUCCAAGUUGUUACGCCACCACUCUAGAGGAGUAACUGCCACCAAAAAUCAACAGUUACAAUCACUUGAACAAGAAAUAACAGAUACUUCAGAGAAUGGCAUCCUUGUUCCUGAUUCCCAAUCUGUUAUAUCAAGCAUCAAAUACCAUGCAGAGUUCACUCCAUCGUUCUCUCCGGAAAAGUUUGAGCUUCCAAAGGCAUUCUACGCCACUGCUGCUAGUGUUCGGGAUAAGCUCAUCAUUAACUGGAACGCUACAUAUAAUUUCCAUGAAAAGAUGAACGUGAAGCAGGCAUAUUACUUAUCUAUGGAGUUUCUUCAGGGUAGAGCAUUGCUGAAUGCCAUUGGGAAUUUGGAGCUAUCAGGGGCUUAUGCCGAGGCUUUAAGGAAACUGGGUCAUGAUUUGGAACAUGUUGCUAGGCAGGAGCCAGAUGCAGCACUCGGAAAUGGUGGGUUGGGUCGCCUUGCGUCCUGCUUUUUAGACUCACUGGCAACACUGAAUUACCCUGCAUGGGGAUAUGGUCUUCGUUAUAAAUAUGGCCUUUUUAAACAACUCAUUACAAAAGAUGGUCAAGAAGAAGUUGCAGAAAAUUGGCUGGAGAUGGGUAAUCCAUGGGAAAUACCAAGAAAUGAUGUUUCAUACCCUAUAAAGUUUUAUGGAGAAGUUGUUACCGGACCAGAUGGAUGUAAGGAAUGGGUUGGUGGAGAAGAUAUCAUGGCUGUUGCCUAUGAUGUUCCGAUACCUGGAUAUAAAACAAAAACAACCAUCAACUUACGAUUGUGGUCAACGAAGGUUGCACCAGAAUAUUUUGACUUACAUGCUUUCAAUUCUGGUGAUCAUCCCAAAGCAUAUGAAGCCCUGAAAAAAGCAGAGAAGAUCUGCUACAUCUUAUACCCUGGAGAUGAAUCACUUGAGGGAAAGACUCUUAGAUUGAAGCAGCAGUAUACAUUAUGCUCAGCAUCUCUUCAAGAUAUAAUUGUACGCUUUGAAAGAAGAUCAGGGGAGUCAUUGGAUUGGAAUGAAUUUCCUGAAAAAGUUGCAGUACAGAUGAAUGAUACUCACCCCACACUCUGCAUACCAGAGUUAUUAAGAAUAUUGAUUGAUAUUAAGGGUUUGAGCUGGAAGGAAGCUUGGGAAAUCACUCAAAGAACCGUGGCAUAUACCAACCACACUGUUCUACCCGAGGCUCUAGAGAAAUGGAGCUUGAAUUUAUUGCAGGAACUUCUUCCGAGACAUGUUGAGAUUAUAACAUUGAUUGACAAGGAGUUGAUUGAUACCAUUAUUGCCGAGUAUGGUAUUGAGGACCUUGAGUUGCUGAAAGAAAAACUGAAUCAAAUGAGAGUUUUGGAUAAUGUUGCACUACCUGACUCCGUCUUAGAUCUUCUUGUGCAACCUGUGGCGAUACCCACCAUUGAUCCAGUUGAAGAGGUAACAGAAUCAGAGGAAGUAACAGAACCAGCAAGUGAAGAUGAUGCAACCACCGUGAAGAAGGAAAAGGAUGUUGGCAUUAUCAAAAAGGUGUCAUUUGAGACAGACCCCAGACAGCCAAAGAUGGUGCGCAUGGCUAAUCUUUGUGUUGUUGGUGGGCAUGCUGUCAAUGGGGUUGCAGAAAUCCACAGUGAAAUUGUGAGAAAUGAAGUUUUUAAUGACUUCUAUAAGCUAUGGCCCGAGAAGUUCCAGAAUAAGACAAAUGGAGUGACAACAAGGCGAUGGAUCAGUUUUUGUAAUCCGGAGCUAGGUAAAAUUAUAACCAAGUGGACAGGAACGGAAGACUGGGUGCUAAACACUGAGAAGUUAGUCGAACUUAAAAAGUUUGCUGAUGAUGAAGAACUCCAAUCUGAAUGGAGGAAAGCCAAAAGGAGCACUAAAGAGAAAACCGUGUCCUUCCUGAAAGAAAAAACAGGAUAUCUUGUCAACCCUGAUGCAAUGUUUGAUGUGCAGGUGAAGCGUAUUCACGAAUAUAAGAGACAACUUUUAAAUAUCCUGGGAAUUGUUUACCGCUAUAAGAAAAUGAAAGAGAUGAGUGCUGAUGAAAGAAAAGAGAAAUUUGUUCCUCGGGUUUGUAUUUUUGGAGGAAAAGCAUUUGCUACAUACAUCCAAGCCAAAAGGAUUGUGAAAUUCAUCACUGAUGUUGGUGCUACUGUAAAUCAUGAUCCUGAUAUUGGUGACCUUUUGAAGGUUGUUUUUGUUCCAGAUUACAAUGUCACAGUAGCCGAAGUUCUGAUUCCGGGAAGUGACUUAUCCCAACACAUCAGUACUGCUGGAAUGGAGGCAAGUGGGACCAGCAACAUGAAGUUUGCAAUGAAUGGGUGCAUCCAAAUCGGAACUCUGGAUGGUGCCAAUGUUGAAAUACGAGAGGAAGUUGGAGAGGAGAACUUUUUUCUUUUUGGUGCCGAAGCUCAUGAAAUUGCUGGCCUACGGAAAGAGAGAUCAGAGGGCAAGUUUGUGCCUGACCCACGAUUUGAAGAGGUUAAGAAAUAUGUCAGAAGUGGUGUUUUUGGCCCAUACAACUAUGACGAACUCAUGGGAUCGUUAGAAGGGAACGAAGGCUAUGGCCGUGCUGAUUAUUUUCUCGUGGGGAAAGACUUUCCAGCUUAUAUAGAAUGCCAAGAGAAGGUUGAUAAGGCAUAUAGAGAUCAAAAGAAAUGGACUAAGAUGUCAAUCUUAAACACUGCUGGUUCAUCCAAGUUCAGCAGUGACCGAACAAUACGCCAAUAUGCACGUGAGAUUUGGAUGAUUGAACCUCUCGUAUUACCAUAAUAAUCAGAGAGGGACUCAAGUUUUUUACAUGUAAGUAAACCUUGCUUGCAUUAAAUAACUCAUUUAGAUUAAUAAAAUAUGCUUGCAGUGUCUUUAUUUACAAGCUAAAUUGUAUUUGUUAAACAACUUUAAAUCAAUAAAUCAGCUGCAUCUGAUAACUCUUUUACAGUU